UCAGCUGGUGUCCCGCGAACGCGGCACCUCCCGGGUUGGUGCACAGUCGGGCGCCCUCCGGUGCAUUGGCGCCUCGCAGCCGGGUCUCGGUCUGAAGGACGAGCACGUCAGAGGGUUCUGGUUCUGGUUCUGCGAGGUCGGAGAGUGCCGCCAGACUCUCCCCUCGGUACAGCUGAGUGUCCUCAGAGCUCAGAGGUGGCUGCGGGGACUAGCCCUGCAGAGCGUCCCGCCCCUCCCGCCCACUUCUCCGCUGGGGCUCCUGGGCUGCAUGUUGGGUCACUGUCUCAGGACAGGAGCGAUGGUGCCCAGGUGGCCAGUGUGGCUGUCCCGCUCCUCUCUGGGCAGGCGGGUGGCAGCCUGCUGGCUGAGAGGCUUGGGCCAGUGGCGGAGGUGGCCGGGCGGCCCCAGCCUGGCCAGCAGGGGCUGCUCCUCCACACCCUCCCGGGACCCGGAGGUGCAGCUGACCUGCAAGCGCUACCCCGCUGCCGUUCUCCACGGUGUCGGAGGAAGACUUGGCGGCUUUCCAGGGCAUCGUCCCUGGCAGGGUCAUCACAGACCCAGAGGAGCUGGACCCUUCUAACGUGGACUGGCUGAGGUCGGUCCGAGGCAGUAGCAGGGUGCUGCUGCGGCCCCGGACGUCUGAGGAGGUGUCGCGCAUCCUCAGGCACUGCCAUGCAAGAAACCUGGCCGUGACCCCUCAGGGUGGCAACACAGGCAUGGUGGGGGGCAGUGUCCCCGUCUUUGACGAGAUCAUCCUCUCCACCGUUCUCAUGAACCAGGUCAUCAGCUUCCAUGGCGUGUCCGGGGUCCUAGUCUGCCAGGCGGGGUGCGUCCUGGAAGAGCUGAGCCAGCACGUGGAGCAGCGUGGCUUCAUCAUGCCGCUGGAUUUGGGCGCCAAGGGCAGCUGCCACAUCGGGGGGAACGUGGCCACCAAUGCAGGCGGUCUGCGGUUCCUGCGGUACGGCUCACUGCGUGGGACCGUCCUGGGCCUAGAAGUGGUGCUGGCGGACGGCACUGUGCUGGACUGCCUGACCUCCCUGCGGAAGGACAACACAGGCUACGACCUCAAGCAGCUGUUCAUUGGGUCCGAGGGCACUCUGGGGGUCAUCACUGCCGUGUCCCUCCUUUGUCCGCCCAGGCCCUUGGCCGUGAACGUAGCUCUCCUGGGCUGCCCGGGCUUUGCCGAGGUUCUGCAGACCUUCAGCACCUGCAAGCAGGUGCUGGGCGAGAUCCUGUCUGCCUUCGAGUUCAUGGACGCCGAGUGUGUGCAGCUGGUUGGGCGCCACCUGCACCUGGCCUGCCCCGUGCGAGAGAGUCCAUUUUAUGUCCUGGUUGAGACCUCGGGCUCCAGCGCCAGACACGAUGCUGAGAAGAUGAACAGCUUCCUGGAGCAGGUGCUGGGCUCUGGCCUGGUGACCGACGGAACCAUGGCCACUGACCAGAAGAAGGUCCAGGUGCUGUGGGCACUGAGGGAGAGGAUCUCGGAGGCGCUGGGCCGGGACGGCUAUGUGUACAAGUAUGACCUCUCCCUGCCUGUGGAGCGGCUCUACGACCUGGUGACCGACCUGCGCACCCGCCUGGGCCCGCGUGCCAAGCACGUGGUGGGCUAUGGCCACCUGGGCGAUGGCAACCUGCACCUGAAUGUGACCGCAGAGGCCUUCAGCGCCUCACUGCUGGGGGCCCUGGAACCCUACGUGUACGAGUGGACGGCUGCCCAGCGGGGCAGCGUUAGCGCGGAGCACGGCCUGGGCUUCAGGAAGAAGGACGCCUUGGGCUACAGCAAGCCGCCCGUAGCCGUGCAGCUCAUGCAACAGCUCAAGGCCCUGCUGGACCCCCAGGGCAUCUUGAACCCCUACAAGAUGCUGCCCGGCCAGGCCUGAGCGCCUGCUCACUGUGGCUGUGGUCCAGGCUCAUAGGAUGCACUGGGCUUGCGGCCUCUGAGUGAUGGGGCCGGUACAGUGUCCCGCUGCUUGGCUGGUUCUGUUGGGCCAGCACAGCACAGGGCCACCUGGUUUUGUCUGGUUCCACCAGCUCCUCUGCAGGUCAGGAUGUGGGGCCUCCCGCUGGUUGGCCAGGUCUCAUCUGUCCUCUGGUGGCUCCUAGAGCUCGGCCACAGCCCUUGGGAGGGGCCCUGGGCCUGUCUCUUGGCCCCCUCCCCGGCAGGGGCUGUGGCCAUGCUGACAAGUUCCCCAUGACCCUCCCAGAGUGACCCAGGCCCCGAGCUCCGUCCUCCCAGGGCCCUGACGAGGGCACCCGGUCCAUUAGACUGUGAAGUUUCUGGACUGACCACUGGGUGUCCGAGGGCCAGAGUGACAGGAAUGCUUCAUUCCAUUUCUAGAGGCCUGUCCAGUGCGGUUGUCAUGCCAUGCUCCAUGUUCACCGAGCACACUAGCCUUGUUGCAGCCAGAGCCCCACCAAUAGAGGGCAUGCCAUGGCCCCCCUUGGCCUGCAUACCUGCCAGGGUGCCUUCUGGGUGCCGGAACAUGGGCCAGAGGCUGGGCCAUUUCUCUUCCUGCCUGUCAAGAGUUUUCAGUAAAAUGUGAAGUGA